AUGGAGAAAUAUUUCAAAAAAGUACCUCCUCCGGAAUCUGAUGCCAAAGCUGAUGAUUUGCCAUCUAACCUUGGUGAAAGGAAAGACAAAAGAAAAUCUCCUCCAAUAGAUAAUACCGAUAUUGAAGAUUUACCAUCUGACCCUGGUGAAAGAAAAGAUAUAAUGGAGUAUCUUUCGCAUCAAAGAGACGAGGUUAGACACAAAUAUCUAACUAAAGGUCCAUGUCAACCUUAUGGUCAUACAUUUAAACAAAUAUUGAAAAGUGGUUCAUUAAGUCGAUUCAAUCCAGCUUGGUUUGAUCAAUAUGGUAGUUGGCUAGAGUAUAGCAUAUCAAAAGAAAGGGCAUUUUGUUUAUAUUGCUAUCUAUUUAAAGAUGAGAUACGGAUGCAAGGUGGAAGUGAUGCAUUUGUGAAAGAAGGGUUUAAUAGUUGGAAUAAGCCAGAUAGAUUGCGUACUCAUAUGGGUAAACCGCCCAACAGUUUUCAUAUUAUUGCUGCUCAGAAAUGUGAGGAUUUGAUGAAUCAAAAUCAGUCUAUAGUACAUGCUUUGUUUAAGCAAGAUGAUAAGGUGAAAAAUGAGUAUCGCAUUCGCUUAACUGCUUCGAUUGAUGCUUCCAGAUUCUUGUUACGACAAGGAUUAUCUUUCCGUGGCCAUUUCGAAAAAGAAGAAGCUGUGAAUAAAGGAAACUUCUUGCAGCUUCUGAAAUACACAGGAGAACAAAAUGAAACCAUAAGUAAGGUCAUUCUGAGUAAUGCUCCAGGAAAUAAUCAGAUGGUUUCUCCAUUAAUUCAAAAGGAUAUUGUCCAUUCAUUUGCAGAAGAAGUACGACAAGCUAUUUUAGAAGAAAUUGGUCAUGAUGUGUUUGGCUUGCUGGUUGAUGAGUCUGCAGAUGUUUCUCAUAAGGAGCAGAUGGGCGUUGUUUUUAGAUUUGUUGAUAAAAGAGGAGCAAUCAAAGAAAGAUUUAUUGGAGUUGUUCAUGUAAAAGAAACGUCUUCUCUAGCUUUGAAAUCUGCUAUAGAUGAUUUGUUUGCUAGAUAUGGGAUGAGCAUCAAAAAGGUGAGAGGGCAAGGUUAUGAUGGAGCUAGUAAUAUGAGAGGUGAGUUUAAUGGUUUGAGAUCAUUGGUUGCUAGAGAAAACAGCUCAGCAUAUUAUGUUCAUUGUUUCGCUCAUCAACUUCAGCUAGUUGUGGUGGCAGUUGCAAAAAAGCACUUUGACAUUGCUGACUUUUUUGAUAUGAUUUCUACAUUGUUGAAUGUUGUUGGGGCUUCUUGUAAAAGACAAGAUAAAUUUCGAGAAAUUCAGCGUGAAGAAUUAGAAAAACAGAUCAGUAGUGGUGAAGUUAAGACUGGGACAGGACAGAAUCAGGAACGUUCUUUACCAAGACCUGCAAAUACUCGCUGGGGUUCUCAUCACAAAACAUUGUUGAGGUUGGAAGAAUUAUUUUCUACUACCAUUAAAGUUCUUGAGUAUGUCCAAGAAGAAGGCAUGGAUGACUUACAGAAACGUCAAGCUUGUGGUCUUCUCAAAUAUUUUCACACAUUUGAUUGUGUGUUCUAUUUGCAUCUAAUGUUGCUUAUUUUGGGGCUCACUGCAAAUUUGUCAUUGGCUUUGCAAGAGAAAGAUCAAAAUAUUUUGAACGCUAUGUCACUGGUGGAAUCUACUAAAAGAGAACUGCAAAAGCUUAGGGAUGAUGGUUGGAGUUUGCUUAUGGAUAAAUUGCUUCUUUUUAUUCAAGAGUUCAAUGAUCGUUUUACAGAGGUAACCACUGAUCUACUUAUUUGUAUGGCUGCUUUAAGCCCGACUGAUUCGUUUUAUGCGUUUGACAAGGAGAAGCUGGUGAGAUUAGCUAAGUUAUAUCCAGAAGAUUUUACCUAUGGUGAGAUUUUAUCUCUAGAGCAGCAACUUGAUAUCUACAUUGAUAAUAUACGUAGAGAUGAAAGGUUUAAGAGUGUGGAGAAUCUUGGAGAUCUUUCUUGUUUGAUGGUGAAAACUCAAAAGCAUAUUGCACAUCCUUUGGUCUACAGGCUUUUAAAGUUAGUUCUAACUUUGCCGGUUGCCACCGCAAGUGUUGAAAGAUGUUUUUCAGCUAUGAAAUUAGUGAAAACAGCUGCACGUAACCGAAUUGGAGAUCAGUUUCUAAGUGAUUGUAUGGUCUGCUUUGUUGAAAAAGAGUUGCUUGACUCUGUUUCAAAUGAGAAAGUGAUAGAAAGGUUUCAAAAGAUGAAUGAGCGUAGAGUUGUUUUGUAA